GCAGUAAAGGAAGGAAGCGAGAGAGACAUUGAGAGAGAGAGAGAGAGAGAGAGAGAGAGAGUAGUGAAGAAGAAGAAGACGAGACUGGAAUUUGGAGGAGCCGGGAGAUUGAGAGUCCAUGAAAUGAAAUCGGCGCCAUGGUCGUCCUUAGUGUUUCAGUUGCCACGCCCACGAGGUUGCUAUGGCUGUUCUUGUGCCCAGUUUCAGUUUGUUGUAAUGGCCAAGGGCAAGAACAAGUCUCAACAAUCAUCGCCUCCUCCUCCUUUGGGGUCGGAGGCGCCAACUCCUCCGAGGAUUACAUCAAAUGUGAGGCAGAAUUUACAGCUUUUAAAGUUAUGGAAGGAUUACCAAAACAGAAAGUCUAGCACACCUAAGCACUCUACUAGAUACCGCCGAAAGAAGGUCCCCAAGGAACAGCUUUCCCAAGACCCUGACCUCUACCGCGAUCCAACCACCACCCUCUAUUAUACUAACCAGGGUUGGGACAUUGCUGUGCCCGUCUUGCUUGUUGAUGGAUAUAACGUCUGCGGUUACUGGGCCAAGCUCAAGAAGCAUUGUAUAAAUGGGAGACUUGAUGUUGCUCGCCAAAAGUUAAUCGAUGAACUUGUUACUUUCAGCAUGCUAAGAGAGGUGAAAGUGGUAGCUGUAUUCGAUGCCAUGAUGUCUGGACUCCCCACACACAAGGAAGAUUUUAAUGGUGUUGAUGUAGUAUACUCAGGUGAAACCUGUGCUGAUGCGUGGAUUGAGAAAGAGGUUGCAGCCUUAAGGGAGGAUGGGUGCCCUAAAGUUUGGGUUGUGACCUCUGAUCAUAUUCAGCAGCAUGCAGCACAUGGAGCAGGGGCUUUCAUUUGGAGUUGCAAGGCAUUGAUUUCAGAGAUUAAAGCAUCACAGAAGGAGUUUGAAAGGAUGCUUGAAGAACAUAGGUCUACAUCUUUUCAAGGGAGGUUAUUAAAACACAAUCUUGAUUCGGAAGUUGUUGACGCUCUGAAGGAUCUUAGGAGGAAGUUGUCUGAAACUGAAUCGAAGUAGUUGAUCAGGUUUUGUUUCAGUUCAAGCUCUCAAGUAUCUACGAAAGAUGUUACGUGAUGCUUAUGCUGUACACAAUUAUAGGAUGAUGUGCCGGUGUUAUACAUCAAAUUGUGGUACAAAUCAAGAGUGUACCUGGCCAUAGAAGAUUUAUGUAGGUUAUGCCAGUGGAAGGGGAGGGCUUCCGUAUGUUUUCAAUUAGUACCAUGUAAUAUAAAGACUCGAACAAAAAAAUGAGUUCUCUCAUAUCAAUGAAAUAAUAAUAAGUUCAAGUUAAAGAAAA